AUGAAUGAGGCACUACGCCAUGACAACAGAGUCUACAGAUUGGGGAUAUGGGCUAAAUCCGAUCAGCUUAGAAGAAUCAAAGAUGAUUCAAUUCCAAUUGAAUUGGUCGAAAUGAAGAAAGUACAUCUUCAAGAGUUGUCCAGUCUACGGAGUUUUUCUCUAGGAGACAUUGUUGAAUGGCCAUCCUUGGAGAAUGUGGUUGUGAGGAACUGUCCCAGCAUUAAGAAGUUUGGUUUGGGAAAGAUAAAACAGUCACAGUUAAAAUCAGUUCUCAUCAUCGAAAAUGAAGUGCAAAUUGAUGCAAAGGUUCCCUAUCUUUUUGAAUUGGAUGACGAAUUGUCAAAUAUUAUUGAGUACAAUAUUGGUGACAAUGAAGAAUUAAUUAAGAAAAUACGUAAUCUUCAACCUUCUCAUUUCACCAAACUCCAGGUGCUUGAGGUAAAAAAUUGCAAUGAAAACUUACGCGAUUUUUUGUAUGUUUUGGUAAGGAGGUCCCACAAACUUGAAGUUAUCAACAUUGAGCAAUGCAAAACAAUCUAUUCUUAUUUGUUUGACACUACUGAUGCUUAUGAAGAGAGACAUGGAGAUGGUAUAUAUUUGACACAGCUUAAGGAACUAAAAUUAACAAAAAUAGAUGGGAUGGAAAAAAUAUGGAGUGAUGAUAAACCAGAAACUCUUUCCCUCAACAACCUGCAAAUUCUACACAUCAAAGAUUGUCACUUUCUGACACAUAUAUUUAGUUUUCAUCAAGUGAAGAAGCUUCACCAACUAAAGGAAUUAAUGAUAGAGGCUUGUGAGGCAUUAGCUAGUGUUUUGAUGAAUACUUUGUUUAGAGUUGGUCCCGCAAGCAAGUUCCCAUUACUGAGUAAGCUGGAGUUUAAGUCUCUCCCAAACUUGAGCUAUUUCUAUAGAGGUGAUCAUGUUCAAUUCCCUAGUCUAAAAUAUUUGACGAUAGAAAAGUGUCCAGUCUUGACAAAAUUUAUAACGGAUGCCAAGUUAUUCCCAGAAUUGAAUGAGAUUGUGUUUGACAGUAAUAAUACAUUGGUUUAUGUCAUCUCUUCUAAGACAUUACAAGAGUUAAGGAACUUGAAGAAAGUCUUUGUGAGUCAUUUUGUUAUUGGACAAACUAAAGGAAUUUCAUAUGAUAAAUAUGCAUGUGGGGAAGCUUUGGCAUCAUGA